AAGACAAAUCGAUUUAGAAAGAAGAAGAAAAGAUAGAGAAAUAGAAAAAGAGAUAUUAACAUUUCGGGUCGGUCGACCAGUCGUUUUGUGCUACGUGGAUUAAGCCGAAUCGAGGAGGCGAAAAUACAAUGGAGAAGGAACAACCGGAUUCCCUGGCGACCGUCGCUGUUGUCUCGGAGAAGAUGCCGCAGACUCAUAGCCACUAUGCGCCCAGCGAGGUCUAUUCCUCUGCCGAGCCACCACCGGCGUACAUGAGACCGUCGAAAAGCACUGCGGUUCAGAUCGCCAGGAUCGCUGCCAUUACUUUGAUUACGAUGUCUGUGGUACUUGGUAGCUUUAUUUUGGCGGCAUCCUGGGUUCAGGCCAGAGCCUCCUGUACGCCGGAAUCGAUCGCGGCGAUGCAGGCUGAACUGAAGCUACAUCAGCAACGACAGACCUCCGGCAUGUAUCAGCCGCAAGGUGAAUUCCUUAAGCAUCUGCAGCCGGAGGCUUUGAUGCAGGAGUCCAUCGAAUCGAAGGAUUCUCUGCAAAGUCUCGCUGCGCCAACAAAAAAGGAGGUUGAUCCGGAUACUAAGGACCUAAAAGGAGAGGGAGAGAACAAUUCGAAAUCUGACAGCGAUAGCAGCGAUGACGAUGACGAUUAUGAUGAUGAUGAAUUCCCUCCCGUACACAUUAAGCUUCCUCUUCAGUUGGAUCUUGACGACAUUGCAGGCACGCUAAUUCAGCAAGCUCGCAGCAGAGUUUCAUGCGUGGUUGAACGACGACGGGCCGAUGAGGUGAUGGACGGAACCGGUGACAACGGUUUAGAUAACAGUACCGAUCCGCAGCGUUUCCAAAGACUGAGCGGCGAACGGGUUGCCAUCCUUUGUGAAUCAGGCAGUCCGAAUCAAGAACAACAGGAGCAGGAAAUGCUUACUCCAAUUAUUGUGCCUCUUGGUACCGUGCAAAUUCCCCUCCAAUCCCAGGAACCGAAUCCGGGCUAUCAUCAGUAUCAGUUACACACUCAGUAUCAAGUUCCCGAUAUGCAGCAAUUGCCACUCAGCGACCCACGAGGAUUGAAUCACAUCCCGCCGGGUGUACUUCCAUCUGAGCUCCGUAAUCUUCCCCAACUAACUAUGGAAAUGAGACCGCCUCGAAUGGGCCCGCAGACGCCCGUGAUGGGAUCUCAGAACAAUCCGAUGGGACCACAGAUCGAGCUGCGUCAGAUCCCUAUUGAACUGCGUCAUUUCCCGAUGGACCCGUUGAGAGGAAUGCGACCAAUGGCUCCGGAGCCUCGUCAGGAACCGCAGAUCUCGGUGAUGUAUCAGCAGCAGGCCGAGCAAAUUCCCAAUACUUACAAUCAGGAACAGGGUCCGGUUAUGAUGCCCCCGCCUCCCCCGCAACCAGAGGCGCAGGUUCAAGAUCACAGGAUACAUCAAUCGCCCGUGAUAAUCCCGCAGACCGAACAGAGACCACCCGCCCCUCCUCAAGUCGCGCCUGAGAAACCACGUUCACCUUUCCAGGGCAUUCCCAUCGAGAUUAGAAGAAUAAUUCAGCAGGUACCGUUGGAGAUCAAGAAUAUCAUUCAGCACAUCACUGGCGAAGCCAGACCGUUCCCGGUCCAAGUGCCAGACGGAGCUCGUCGCGAGGAACUCAAGCCAUUCCCGGAAAACGCGAGACCAAUACCAUUAGGACCGUUCCCACUUCCGGUGGAAGUGAGAAAUUUGAUCGAGCAUGGAAAUAUUGAAGGUCGCCAACGCCCGGACGGCGGUGAAGAGCAACAGGAAGCAAAACCUUUCCCAGGCCCAGACGAUGAGGGCGAUGAAAUCGAGCGAAACUUCCCCGUACCUGUGGAGAUUCGCAAUAUAAUCCACCAGGUCGUAGAGGGUCGCGCUUUUCCGACUUCAAGAUUCGCAUUAAGACCAAUCGAAUCCUUGGAGAUACCGGUAGAGGCACGUGCUGAGGUGACUGAUGGCCAAUCCACGGAGCAACAAUCCGAGCAACGGCAACAAGAACAACAUCACGAGGUACACAUGAUGAUUCAGCAGGAGGAGCAGCAGCAUCAGCAACAUCAACAGGAACAACAACAGCAACCGCAACAACCACAGCAGCAACAACAACAACAACAGCAACCAAUGCAGGAGGAGGACAGUGCCCGCCCGCAUUAUGUGCAACCACGUUCUGUACGCUCUGUCCCAGACGAAGUCUUCCUUCAUCGUCGUGAAAAACGCGUGCGUCGUUGCGCCUGCGACUGCGCGUGUUAAAAGAUGAAGCCGAUUGCACUUACGUGCGUGUAUCAGACGGAGAAUGAAGGUUUCAAGUCCGUCUUGUAAGAUAAGAUAUUAAGAAGAAACGAGUUCUAAAAGCGCGUCAUCGACGCAUUUUGAUCAAAUAAUUGCAUUACGCUCUUAUAAUUAAAAAAUAAAACAAACGUAAGGGGGAAAACAAUUGCAUAUAUAUAUUCUCGUUAAUGCUGCGAUCAUCUUGUAUCCAAUUUUCCUGGUCCAAAGUAUGUUAUUAUAAUUUAAGGUUCGAAUAUUUUUUUUCAAGAUUAUUCUAGAUUCUCCAAGACUUUCGAUAUUAAUCGAAGUAUCUUGAGUUAUAUUAUAUAUUUGUCGUAUAUGAAAAAAUAAAAUAUUAUGCGAA